AUGGCCCAAAUUUUAAACGUUCGUUACUUUCGCUUCUUCCCCUCUCUUCCUCUCUUCUAUAAACCAACUCCCACUCAUCUCCGUAUCCUCUCAACCCUCGUCGCCUCUUCUUCAAAACGCCGCCGUACCGUCAACCUCCCUCCUAUUCAUCUCCGCUGCAAAGCCACCCUUCCAAUGGAAGUUGAAGAGACCAAAUCCUUUGGUAACCCUGGCUUCAACAAGAGAAGAGCUGAAGGAACUGACAAAACCGAUUUCCCCAAGAAGAAUCUUCAACUGAAAGUUCGAAAACUCAACCCUAUCAACACUAUUUCGUAUGUACAGGUUCUGGGUACUGGAAUGGAUACUCAAGAUACAUCACCUGCUGUUAUGCUUUUCUUUGACAAACAAAGGUUUAUAUUUAAUGCUGGGGAGGGACUACAAAGAUUUUGCACCGAGUUUAGGAUUAAGUUAUCAAAGAUAGAUCACAUAUUUCUUUCUCGAGUCUGUUCGGAGACUGCCGGUGGGCUCCCAGGUUUACUGCUUACUUUGGCUGGCAUGGGAGAAGAGGGCAUGUCUGUCAACAUAUGGGGCCCUUCAGAACUUAAGUAUUUAGUAGAUGCCAUGAGAUCUUUUAUUCCCAAUGCUGCCAUGGUUCACACAAAAAGUUUUGGACCCGUCUUUGGCACCGAUGAGUCCUCUGUGCAGUAUCAAAGUAACCCCAUUGUUCUUGUUGACGAUGAGGUGGUCAGAAUAUCAGCCAUUAUCCUUCAACCAAAAGGCCAAAGAGAGACAGUUGAUUCCCCCAAUGUCAAAAAGAUUCCAGCUGCUAAGCCUGGUGAUAUGUCUGUAGUAUAUGUUUGCGAGCUGCCUGAGAUUAAGGGAAAGUUUGAUCUGGAGAAAGCUAAGGCGCUUGGUCUCAGACCUGGGCCAAAGUACCGUGAACUGCAACUUGGAAAUUCGGUGAAAUCUGAUCACCAGAAUGUUAUGGUUCAUCCAAGUGAUGUUAUGGCUCCUUCUAUUCCUGGUCCUAUUGUACUUGUUGUAGAUUGCCCAACAGAAUCUCACUUGGAAGCAUUAUUGUCUGCAAAAUCGCUAGCUACUUAUGGUGAUCAAGUGGGAAACCUGUCAAAGAGUGUUGCAUGCAUAAUUCACUUAACUCCUGAAUUUGUUGUAAGUUGUUCAAAUUACCAAAAAUGGAUGAAGACAUUUGGUUCUGCACAGCAUAUCAUGGCCGGACAUGAAAAGAAGAAUGUAGAGGUACCGAUUUUGAAAGCUAGUGCAAGAAUCGCAACACGACUUAAUUACUUAUGUCCUCAGUUCUUUCCAGCUCCGGGAUUUUGGUCUAGCCAAAAUCAGAAUUGCUCAGAACCUGUCUCUCUUGCUUCAAGUGAGGAUUCUUUUUCAGCACUUUCUAAUGUCAUUUCUGCUGAAAAUCUUCUCAAGUUUACGUUGCGUCCCUAUGUUAAUCUUGGGUUGGAUAGAUCUUGCAUUCCAACUAAAGUGUCUUCCUCAGAAAUUAUCGAUGAGUUGCUGUUAGAGAUUCCAGAGAUUGUGGAAGCAGCUCAGCACGUCAGUCAGCUCUGGCAAGAUUCUAGUCAGACAACAGAGGAUUUAAUUCCCGUGUCUGAUAACAAGAUGAUGGUUGAGGAGCCAUGGUUGUGUGAAGAUGGUAUGACUCUUGCUUGCUUGGAAAAUAUAAGAAGAGAUGACUUGGAGAUAGUGCUUCUUGGAACUGGUUCAUCCCAGCCGUCAAAGUAUCGAAACGUGACCUCAAUAUAUAUAAAUCUUUUCUCGAAAGGAGGUUUGCUCUUGGAUUGUGGUGAAGGUUCCUUAGGACAGCUCAAAAGAAGAUAUGGUGUAAGUGGUGCUGACGAUGUUGUGAGAUCUUUAAGCUGCAUUUGGAUUUCUCAUAUUCACGCCGAUCACCACGCUGGGUUGGCUAGGAUUCUUGCUCUCCGCCGUGAUUUGCUGAGAGGAGUUCCUCACGAACCGGUGCUUGUUGUAGGACCAAGGAAACUCAAGAGAUAUUUAGAUGCAUACCAAAGACUAGAAGAUUUAGAUAUGCAGUUUCUUGACUGCAAGCAUACCACAGAAGCAUCAUUGAAUGAUUUUGAAAAUGACUUGCAAGAAACAGUUAAUUCUCAGGAUCCGAGCAACAACACUGCGAAAAUAAAUGCAUCAAAAGUUGAUUCAACUUUAUUUGCUAAAGGGUCUCGUAUGCAAAGCUAUUUGAAAGUACCAGGUAGUCCCGUUGACAAAGAUGCUGUUUAUCCCCUCCUAAGGAAAUUGAAGGGGGUAAUCCGAGAAGCCGGUCUCAAUUCCUUGAUUAGUUUUCCCGUUGUUCAUUGCCCACAAUCAUACGGGGUUGUUCUACAAGCAGAAGAGAGGACUAAUAGUAUUGGAAAAGUGAUACCUGGUUGGAAGAUUGUUUACUCUGGUGACACAAGGCCCUGUCCAGAGCUAAUAGAAGCAUCUCGAAAUGCAACAGUUCUUAUACACGAGGCAACUUUUGAGGAGGGUAUGGUAGAGGAGGCUAUAGCGAAAAACCACAGCACCACUAAUGAAGCCAUAGAAAUGGGAGAAAGUGCUAAUGUAUAUCGAAUCAUACUAACUCACUUCAGCCAAAGAUAUCCGAAAAUUCCUGUAUUUGAUAAAGAACACAUGGACAAAACAUGUGUUGCAUUUGACAUGAUGAGUAUCAACAUAGCCGAUUUGCCGGUGCUUCCCAAGGUUCUUCCAUAUCUGAAAUUGCUGUUCAGAAAUGACAUGAUAGUUGAUGAAUCAGAAGAUGUAGUAGAUGAUGUUGCUGCAUCCGCUUCUUGA